AUGAUGAUGAAACUUCCUUUCAGAUACACCAGAUCACAGCUAGAGAUUUUUAGGUUCGCCUUUUGUCUUUUGUCACCUGUAGCGGUGAUGUACUACAUAGGCACAGAUACUGAUAAAAAGUUGAACGUUCCUGGUUUUUGGCCUGAUCCUGAGACACUUAAUAAAAUCCCUAAGGAGUCAUAUGAGAUUAAAGCAGAGUUGGCAAGGAUGAAAAAAAGCAGGUUGGAGAAGAGAUUGAGGUUGGAGAAGAAGAUAGCUGAGGAGUAUGGUAUCGAUAUUGAAGCGGAGAAGAAAAAGAUUAGACAAGAGCUGAUAGAGGAGAAGCUAAGUAAAAGUUGA